AAAACAAGGAAUGAAUGAAGGAAUGAAAUGAAAUCCAUGGACAAGACAAGGUAAAUUAUAAAGGAUCAGAGGAAAAGAGAAAUGGCUUACCCAAACAAAGAAGAAAGAGAGAUCUGUUAUAAAGCUCGAGAUGAUUUUUGGAAGUGUGUAGAGGACAAUGAUGGCGACAAAUCUAAGUGUAAAAAGUUACGCUCAAUCUAUGAAUCUAAGUGCAGUAAAUCAUGGGUGAAACACUUUGACAAAAGAGUAGAAUUUCUGAAUUAUAAAAAACAAAUGGCAGCUGGUUAUGACCCUAUAACACAGGAACCACUAAAACCAGAGACGUAGUAUUAGAGGUCAUACAAGUUGUAUGGACAUAAUAACUUUGGUGAUAAAAAAAUACAAUUGUAAUUUCUGAUGCUGUGUGGGAAGUGUGACUUUAUAAUUUGCUGCAUUAAGUAUUCCCAACUUUAGAGAUCCAGUGAAGUUGUUUGGACUGUGGAGUCAAUUCGAUUUAAUAAAAGCACCCCUUUAAAAUAGGUGUAGAAAAUUAAAUAGUGAAAUAGAAUGAUUUUGAGCCACAGUCUGCAGGAGUAUUUCUUCUUAUCCUGGUAGUGUUUAUAGCUUGAUAUGAUGAUAAUAGAUCAAUGAACUUUACAUGUUAUUGUGUUCAUGGUAAACCUAUUUGAACGAGUGAGUUAUCUCUGAACUUUUUGCAAUUUUCUUUAAUAGAUAUCAAUGUUCCAUAACCAUAUAAUUUGAAACUCUGAACGAGAUAUUAUCAACAGAAUGUAAUUAAGAAGUAAACUGUUUUAUACUAGGUAGUAUGAAUGAAACAAAUAAAGUCAUUUGUUUUUUAAUUGCUAUGAAGUCUAAUUACAAUUAGACCAAAAUUCUAUUCUGUUUUCUUUUAAUUAACUUUUAUUUUUUAUAUAGUCACUUCAACUGAGUUUCAAUUAACCUUCUGACGCAACUUUAUAACACCUAACCAAACAAAUUUCUACCUACUCCAGCACUGGCCUUUCAUGUUUUAAGUCGAAAGGUUAAUUUGAUGAAUGUUGAAAAGGGCUGUCGUUAGACUCUAAUAAAGUUAAAAGCUAAUU